AUGGAGGCCACCACUCCGGAAUAUGGAGAUGGCUAUGAUUAUUAUGAUGACAAUGAGACUGUGACUUGCGAUUUCUCGGAGUGGGAACCCUCCUACUCCCUCAUCCCUGUCCUCUACAUGCUCAUCUUCAUCCUCGGCCUGUCGGGCAAUGGGGUGGUCAUCUUCACCGUCUGGAGAUCAAAAUCCAAGCGCCGUGCGGCAGAUGUCUACAUAGGAAACCUGGCCCUGGCAGACCUCACCUUUGUCAUCACUCUACCUCUCUGGGCCGUGUACACGGCACUGGGCUACCACUGGCCCUUUGGUGUGGCUCUCUGCAAGAUCAGCAGCUAUGUCGUACUUGUCAACAUGUAUGCCAGUGUUUUCUGCCUCACCUGCCUGAGUUUUGACCGCUACCUGGCUAUUGUGCAUUCUCUGUCUAGCAGCAGGCUGCGUUCAAGGGGAACCAUGCUAGUCUCCCUGGGUGCAAUUUGGCUCCUCUCUUGCCUGCUGGCUGUGCCCACACUCCUUUUUCGCACCACCUUGAAUGACUUCAACAGCAACCGCACCACAUGUGCCAUGGACUUCAGCCUGGUGACACUAAGCCGGAGGCAUGAGUCUCUAUGGAUUGCUGGGCUCAGUCUCUCUUCAUCUGCCCUGGGCUUCCUGUUGCCCUUCCUGGCGAUGACCAUCUUCUACUGCUUCAUCGGCUGCACCGUCACACGCCACUUCAAUAACCUGCGCAAGGAGGACCAGAGGAAGAAGAGGCUGCUGAAAAUUAUCACCACACUGGUGGUGGUGUUCGCCAUCUGUUGGACGCCUUUCCACGUGUUGAAGAGCAUGGAUGCUCUCACCUACCUCAACCUGGCUCCGAGCUCCUGCGGGUUCGUGCGUGUCCUCCUGCUGGCCCAUCCCUACGCCACCUGCCUGGCCUACGUCAACAGCUGCCUCAACCCGUUCCUUUAUGCCUUCUUUGACUUGCGCUUUCGUUCCCAAUGUCUGUGCCUUCUCAACCUGAAGAAGGCCAUGCAUGGCCAGAUCAGCUCCAUGUCCUCUACACUCAGUGCCCAGACUCAGAAGUCAGAGGUCCAGUCUCUGGCCACCAAGGUGUAG